CAUGACAUGUCACAUGCGCAGGCAGAAAUGCAAACCAACAACCACAUCGGAUCCAUUAUAUUUCAUCAUUCAUUAACAAAGCAAGCAAGCAAAGCUAGGAAUAAAUGAAUGAAUAAUAUUGACUCGAUCCGUCCGGCCCGGCCGCCAUCGUCCUCCUCCUCGGCUCCUCCCUCCCAAUGAUCUUCCCAUGACCCCCUCCUCCUCCGCCACCCCUCGCCGGAGGAGGCGCAAUGCCUCUGUCCCUGUCCCUGUCUCUGCCAGGGCCUUAGCCGCCGGGCUCUGGAGGCUGCGCCACGCACAGAGGAUGAAGGCGGCCGGGGGUGCCCAGAACCAGAACCAGAACCAAGCGAGAAUUAGCAAAUUUGGUGAAGGAAGGAGGUGCCCUGCCCCUGCCAACAAACGGCAGCACUUGGCAGCUGGAAUUGGAACGGGAAGCCAUUGCUGCUGCCAAUGUUGCUCUGCUAGGAAGAGGAACCACCACCACCACCACCAUGGCGGCAUCUUAGACAAGAUGGAGAAGGCCACAAAAUGGGCGUGGGCCUCGCGAUCAUCGCCGUCUCCUCUGAUGCUCCUCAUGGAGGCCGAGCUGGAGAAGGCGCGAGACCACAUCAGCGAGCUCGAGGAGGAGCGGCGCGCCAUGACCAGGAGGCUGGAGCGCUUCCUGCGGGAUCUGGCCGAGGAGAAGGCGUCCUGGAAGGCCCGGGUGCGGGACAAGGCCCGCCGCGCCGUCGCCGCCCUCAAGGAGGAGCGGGCUCACCGGCGGCAGCUGGAGCAGGCCAACGCCAGGCUGGUGCGCGAGCUGGCGGAGGUGAGGUCGUCGGCCAAGCAGCAGGCGCAGAGCUACGACACGGAGCGCAAGGCCCGCGAGCUCAUGGAGGAGGCCUGCUCGGAGCUCACGCGGGAGGUGGAGGAGGACCAGGCGGAGGUGGAGCUGCUGCGCCGGGAGUGCCUGCGCAUGCGGGAGGAGAUGGAGGAGGAGCGCCGGAUGCUGCAGAUGGCGGAGGUCUGGCGCGAGGAGCGCGUGCAGAUGAAGCUCGCCGACGCCAAGCUCGCGCUCGAGGCCAAGUACGCGCAGCUCGCCCACCUGCAGGCGGAGAUGGAGGCGUUCCUCCUCAGGACGAGGACGAGGACUUGCUCGUGCCACUCGUCCACGCCCAUGCGGGAGGCACGCUUCAUCAUCAGCGAUGCCGCGGCGGCGGCGAGCGCCGAGCUCAGGCCUCGCGGGGGCGGCGGCGGCGGCCGCGCCAGCAGCCAGCACGACGACGACGAGGAGGAGGAUGAGGUGGAUGCGGAUUCGGUGUUCGAGCACUUCCGCCGCAAGGAGGAGACCAGCAGCCCCGCGCCGUCCAACGCCAGCGCGAUGAUGCAGUCGCCGGUGAGCCCGGCGACGGACCUCUUCCUGGCAAAGGUCGACAAUGGGGGCAGCUCCUCCGCCGACAUGGACAUGGACUACGACGGAGGCAGGGACUCGUGCAGCUGGUUGGGGACCAGCGAUCGCUCGGCUUCGGUGGCCAACGGGAACAGCGGCAUGGCGUCAGGCGCGAGCCGGCGGUCGUCCGUGGGGAAGAACACGGCGCUGAUACGCAGGCUCUGGAGGUCGGCCAUCGCCGAGAGCAGGAGGAAGACUGGUGGCGGCUGGUCGCCGUCUUCGGACCGCGUGACCCCGGGGGCGCCUCCGCCUCCACCUCCACCAAUGGCAGGGGCACCGCCGCCGCAGCAGAGCAAGAGCAAGAGCAAGCAGAGCCUGAGGGAGAAGCUCAUUGAGGCCAGGAUGGACGAUCACAAGCCUGUCCACGCAGCCAAUCUCUAGCUAUAGUAAAUGUAAAUGCAAGGGAAGCUGCUGAUGGAAUUAAUGUAUUUGUAUUUCCCAUGGGAAUACUACACACCAAAAACCCACUCCUGUAUUACUACAUACAUACAGUAUGCUAGUCUUGUCCAGUGUAAAUUGUUCUUGA